GGCGGCGGCGGCGGGAGGAGAAGCCGCAGCCAGAAAGCCGGUUGGCGGGGCGGCUGCUCAAGCUGCGCCUCUCCUGCUCCUCGGAGGGGAGGAAGGAGGGAGGAUGGAGCAGGAGGAGAUCCUGAGGAAAUUCAUCCAGCGCGUCCAGGCUAUGAAGAACCCGGACCACAACGGGGAGGACAACUUCGCCACCGACUUCAUGAGGCUAAGGAGGCUAUCAACCAAGUAUAGAACAGAAAAGAUCUACCCUACAGUCACAGGAGAAAAAGAAGAAAAUGUGAAAAAGAACAGAUACAAGGAUAUACUGCCAUUUGACCACAGCAGAGUUAAACUGACUUUAAAAACUCCCCCACAAGAUUCAGACUACAUCAAUGCAAAUUUUAUUAAGGGUGUCUAUGGGCCAAAAGCAUAUGUAGCAACCCAGGGACCGCUAGCAAAUACAGUAAUAGAUUUCUGGAGGAUGAUAUGGGAGUACAAUGUUGCAAUUAUUGUAAUGGCUUGUCGAGAAUUUGAAAUGGGAAGGAAAAAAUGUGAGCGUUACUGGCCUCUGAAUGGAGAGGAAAGUGUGUCUUUUGGACCAUUUCAUAUUUCUUGUGAAGCUGAGCAAGCAAGAACAGACUACUAUAUUAGAACUCUGCUACUUGAAUUUCAAAAUGAAACGCGUAGGGUAUAUCAGUUUCAUUAUGUGAAUUGGCCUGAUCAUGAUGUUCCUUCAUCUUUUGAUUCUAUUCUGGACAUGAUCAGCUUAAUGAGAGAAUACCAGGAGCAUGAAGAUGUUCCUAUUUGUAUACACUGCAGCGCAGGGUGUGGAAGAACAGGAGCCAUCUGUGCCAUAGAUUACACAUGGAAUUUGUUGAAAGCUGGGAAAAUACCAGAGGAGUUCAAUGUGUUUAGCUUAAUACAAGAAAUGAGGACGCAAAGACAUUCUGCGGUACAAACUAAGGAGCAGUAUGAACUCGUUCAUCGAGCCAUAGCACAGUUGUUUGAAAAGCAACUGCAAAAAUAUGAGAGCUGUGCCAAUUGGGAAAUUGCAGAUGGGCUGAAUGAAGUUAGCACAGAGAACACUGUUAGUUCUGGAGACGUCGAGAAACAGGAUUCUCCUCCACCAAAGCCACCUCGGACACGCAGCAGCUGCCUUGUAGAAGGAGACGUUAAAGAAGAAAUUCUGCAGCCUCCCGAGCCUCAUCCGGUCCCACCCAUUUUAACUCCAUCACCUCCUUCUGCCUACCCAACUGUCACAACUGUGUGGCAGGACAAUGAUCGAUACCACCCAAAGCCCGUCUUGCACAUUGUUUCUUCGGAACAUCCGGCAGACAUGAAUGAAAACUACAGUAAAGCAACAGACCAUUCAGGGAAGAAUGAACUGUCUGAAUGUGUAGAGAAGAAGCUGGAGCGCAACUUGAGUUUUGAAAUUAAAAAAGUACCUCUUCAGGAGGGGCCAAGGAGCUUUGAUGGCAACUCUCUCUUGAACAGGGGACACGCAAUUAAAAUUAAAAGUAGCUCGCCUUGUGCACUGGACAAAACAUUGAAGCCUCAAGAGCAAGGCUCAGGAGAUGCAUCUUUUGAGACCUUGCAGAACUCUUGUAUGGAAUGCAGUGUGCAGCCACUGAAUACAGCUGUAAUAUCUUCACUGGAAGGACAUCAGUGCCUUAUAGGUUCUGAUGCUGUGCAGAGACCAGACUGUUUGCCUCUCAAAGAGAAGGGAUGUGGUAGGUGGUCGCUACAAGGGGCUGAAAAUGUACAGCCUGCAUCAACACCGGAAGAAACACAGUCAGCUGUUUUAUGUGCUGGUGUUAAAAAUCUGUCAGUAGUACCAAACUCACCAUCUCCAAUGGAUCCCUCUUCCAAUGAAUUGCCAGAUCUCCAUCAUACCGCUGUGGUUUCAGUUAGAGCCCCCCUUUGUUUUACAAAUCCUCUGCAUUCCGAUGAUUCUGAUACAGAUGAAAGGAACUCUGGUGGAACCAGGUCUCAAAGCAUGUCUAGUAUUUCAACGGCAAGUGCCACAGUUUCUGCAGCUGUUAGUACAGAAAACAUUUCGGCUAGAAAAGUAUUGCCAAUGUCCAUUGCAAGGCAAGAUGCUGUGAUUAUAAUGCAUUCUAGAGCCCACAAAGAUACUGGUGCUAGUGAAGACUCCUCUCCUCCUCUUCCAGAAAGAACGCCAGAGUCCCUUGUGCUUGCAAGUGAGCAGAUCACAACCUUGCCUAAAGCUGUUAUCCUUCCACGAGCUGCUGAAUGGAAUUCAAUACAAGACCAGAAAACUUCUGAACAAACACAAUGUACUGCAUUGAAAAUGGCUGCGCCUGCACAGCCUGAUCAUCCUGAAGUGGGAGACUCAUCACAGACUGACAGAAUACCUCAGCCUCAUCUCUCCAGUCCUGUAGUUAGAAGAGAUCCUGCUUCAGGAGUUCCAGCUGAAACGACAGCUAUUGGUUUUGGAAACCGCUGUGGAAAACCGAAAGGACCAAGAGAGCCACCUUCAGAAUGGACAUGAUGCAAGAAUUAAAAGACACUUAUUAAAUUUUAUACUGGACUACUCAAGUGCCACUGAACUAGAUCAGUAGUAUCCCAUUCGUUAUUUGCGGGGUGGGUGGGGAGGACUAACAGUGUAGACACAACUACACAAUGGUAAUCUGUAGCUGUACAUCCACACAAAUCUUAAAUAUUCCUAACAGUGGGGUCUAGUAUUGCAAUCUAACUUUGGGGCCAUCAACCUGCCUUAUUACACUUAAUAGCAAGUAUUACAUAAGGUUUAUUUUAUUACUUCAAGUAUUAUUGCCUUAAUGUCCUUUUAACCCUGUUACACACUGUUUAUAGACAUGUUAAUAUAGUGAAACUUUUGACAAAUUGAGUUUAUGGAAAACUUUUUUGCCAAUGUUUGAUUACCGUGUACACUUUAUUUUGUAUAUGUACAGGGCAAACAGGUAUAUAAUUUGAUAAAGCUGCAAUCAUAAAGUAUUAACAGAAGGUGUAAGAAGUCUCUGCAUGAUCUAAAUUUUUGUGUACCUUUAUUUGUAAAUUAUUUGCCCUAGUGUUAGUAAAUAGCUCCGUUA